AUGAGCAACCUCUUCGAAGCCAAAGUCAAGAGCGUCCUUUCCGGCGACACCGUCGUUCUCCACAACAUCAACAACCCAAAAGCAGAGCGCACACUGAGCUUAGCCUUUGUCACCGCGCCGAGACUGCGACGAGAGGGCGACGAGCCCUUUGCCUUCGAGUCACGCGACUACCUCCGCCGCCUGCUGGUAGGCAAGGUCGUCCGCUUCCAAGUCCUCUACAAGAUCCCGACGGGCGCGAACCGCGAAUAUGGCCUCAUCGUCACACCGAACAAGGAGAUACUGCCGCAACAAGCCGUCGCGGCGGGCUGGGUGAAGCUGCGCGACGACGCCGGCCGCAAGGAAGACUCGGAUGAGGCUGCCAACCUACUCGAGCGACUGCAAGUAGACGAGGCACGCGCUAGGGCAGACUCCAAGGGCCUCUGGGCGGAGACUGGCGGCAGGAUCAACUCGUCGUCAGAGCUGAGUGACGCGACCAAGUUUGUUGAGCAGAACAAGGGCAAGAACAUCGAUUCGAUUGUCGAAAAGGUCCUGUCCGGUGACCGCCUCAUCGUGCGAUUCCUCCUGUCGCCCACCGAGCACGUACAAACAAUGGUCCUCCUCGCCGGUGUCCGCGCCCCCGCAACACAGCGAACAAAUCCUUCCGACGGGAAGGUGCAGCCAGCCGAGCCGUUCGGCGACGACGCUCAACAAUUUGUCGAGACAAGGCUGUUACAGCGAGGAGUCCUCGUCGAGGUUCUGGGAACAACACCGAACGGCCAGAUCGUCGCAGACGUCAAGCAUCCCACCCAAGGCAGCAUCACACCUUUCCUGCUCAAGAACGGCUUGGCCAAAUGUACCGACCACCACACCACCCUCCUCGGCCAGAAGAUGGGCAUACUUAGGGGCGCUGAGAAACAAGCAAAGGACGGCCGCCUGGGUGUAUACAAGGAACAUGUUGCGCCCAAGAUCAGCAAGGCUGGAGAGCAAGAAGCCACCGUUAGCCGUGUCCAGAGCGCAGACACCAUUUUCAUUCGGAACAAGGCGGGCGCGGAGAAGCGCAUCAACCUCAGCAGCGUCCGUCAACCCAAGCCUACCGAUCCCAAGCAAUCGCCAUGGGUAGCGGAGGCCAAGGAGUUCUUGCGCAAGAAGCUCAUCGGCAAGCACGUCAAGUUCCACGUAGAUGGAAAGCGACCCGCGACCGAGGGCUACGAUGAGCGCGAAAUGUGCACCGUCACCUUCCAGGGCAAGAACGUUGGUUUGAUGCUUGUAGAGAGCGGCAUGGCAUCCGUCAUCCGCCACCGACAAGACGAUGCCGACAGGAGCCCCAUCUACGACGAUCUUCUGCUGGCCGAGUCCACCGCACAAGCUGAGAAGAAGGGUCUCUGGUCAGACAAGUCGCCCUCUGUCAAGCAGUACGUCGACUACUCGGAGUCGCUCGAGAAGGCCAAGCGCCAACUCACUCUGCUUUCGCGCCAACGUAAGGUACCAGCCAUUGUCGAUUUCGUCAAGUCUGGCUCGCGCUUCACUGUACUAGUACCUCGCGAAAACGCCAAGCUCACCUUCGUCCUCUCCGGUAUCCGCGCACCUCGAUCGGCGAGAAACGAUAGCGAAAAGGGCGAACCUUUCGGCAAGGAGGCCCAUGAAUUCGCGAAUCGCCGCUGCCAACAGCGAGACGUCGAGAUCGAUGUCGAGGACUGUGACAAGGUCGGUGGCUUCAUUGGCACUCUGUACAUUAACCGUGAGAACUUUGCGAAGACACUGGUGGAGGAAGGUCUAGCUACUGUACAUGCCUACUCAGCAGAGAAGUCUGGAAACGCAAACGAACUAUUCGCAGCCGAGCAGAAAGCCAAAGACGCGCGAAAGAACCUGUGGCAAGACUACGACCCGUCUCAAGAAGAAGAGGACGGCGAGGCAGCGGUAGCUACUGAAGCUACCAACGGCGACGCCGCAUCAUCAAGAAAGGCCGACUACCGCGAUGUUAUGAUCACCCACGUCGAAGAUGACGGAAGGCUUCGUCUCCAACAGAUCGGCAGCGGUACAUCAGCGCUGACAUCACUCAUGAGCGCCUUCAGCAAGUUCCACCUCAACCCUGCAAACAGCAGUGGCCUGCCAGACGCGCCCAAGGCGGGCGAGUUUGUAGCAGCCAAGUUCACUGUCGAUGACCAGUGGUACCGUGCGCGCAUUCGACGCAACGACCGAGAGAACAAGAAGGCCGAGGUUGUCUACAUCGACUACGGUAACUCAGAGACAAUCCCGUGGUCUCGUCUUCGCCCUCUCUCACAAGCCGAGUUCCUGCCAUCGAAGCUGAAGCCACAGGCUGUAGAGGCGCAGCUGGCGUUCAUUCAACUUCCUGGCAACUCCGAGUACCUUGCCGAUGCCGUCAGCUUCAUCUCACAAGAGACAGCUGAUCGUGAGCUCGUCGCAAGAGUCGAGGCCACCGAGAAGGACGGCAUGCUUUGGGUGACACUGUACAACCCGGACCAGAGCAAGGACGGCACUGAAAGCAUCAACGCCGACAUUCUUAGCGAAGGUCUUGCGAUGGUACCCAAGAAGCUGCGCCCGUGGGAGCGCUCGGCCAACGUGCUGGCUGCCAUGAAGAAGAAGCAGGACGUGGCCAAGGAGGAGCGCCGCGGUCAGUGGGAGUAUGGUGAUCUCACUGAGGACUAA